AUGGCCAACAGAAAUCACACUGCUGUGAGUGAGUUCAUUCUGUCUGGAUUAACAAGUGAUCCACAGUUACAGAUCCCCCUCUUUGUGCUGUUCCUCCUCAUCUAUGUGGUCACUCUUCUAGGGAAUCUUCUUACCAUUUUAAUCAUUAGAGUCAGUUUGCAACUUCACACACCCAUGUACUUUUUCCUUAGCCACCUGUCUUUCUCUGACUCAUGUUAUUCAACAUCUGUCACCCCUAAGAUGCUGGCAAAUUUCUUAGUGGACAAGAAAACCAUUUCUUUCCCAGGAUGUGUGGCCCAGUUAUGUGCUGCAGCUACUUUUGGGUUACUGGAGUAUUGUCUUCUGGCAGUAAUGGCGUAUGAUCGAUAUGUAGCAAUCUGUAAACCCCUGCUAUAUAUAGUCUGCAUGCCUCAGAGACUGUGUGCUUUACUGGUUACUGUUUCCUACAUUGCCAGCUGCCUGAAUACCGUGGUCUAUACAGCUAAUAUAUUUAGUUUGACCUUCUGUGGACCUCCUGAAAUUAAUCACUUCUACUGUGAUGUCCCCCCAUUGUUGAAGCUGUCCUGUUCGGACCCCAGGCUUGCCCAAGUCCUUCCUGCUGUUGCCAUGGCCAUCAUUAUGCUGGUUACGGUUCUGACCACGCUGAUAUCAUAUGUGUACAUCCUGCUGGCUAUUCUUAAAAUCCAGUCCUCCGGAGGAAGGCAAAAAGCCUUUUUCACUUGUGCCUCUCACCUAAUAACGGUCACUUUAUUCUAUGGUACUACAAUUUGUAUUUAUCUGUUACCCAGUUCCAGCUUCUCAAUGGAUCAGAAAAAAGUUGUGUCUGUUUGCUAUAUGAUAUUGAUUCCAAUGCUGAACCCAAUGAUCUAUAGUCUGAGGAACAAAGAGGUGAAAGAUGCCCUGUGGAAGACUCUGGGAUGGCGACAGAGCAGAUUUUUCGAUGGUUGGUUGGAUAAUGAGGCUAAUCUUUUCCAUAAACAGAGUGUUGGUAACAUGACGGUAAUUAAACCAGAAUUUGAAUGUGCACACCAAAACUGCCCAGUUGUUGGUAUGCUCACUUUUAAAAAGCUGUUCUGCUUGAUCCUCGAUGGAGCCGUCCGCUGCCGCCACUGCUGCCAGCGCCAGCACGAGCGGCAUAACACAACUUGUGGAACUCCUGGAAUUUUAGUCUUGAAAAAUGUUGAAUUUUGUGAAGCUGACUCUCCUUCAACCUCCUCUUCCUUCGCCUACGUAUCUGGAGACCUAAGAUCACCCUUAAUAUUUGGAAAUGCUUUACCUUCAUUAGCAACUAAACUUCUCAAAGCAAGAAGAAACCUGUCUAAGAGUUGGAAUGUCUAG